AUGGAGGAGAUGGCACAACCGAGUCGUCCUGGGGUAGCAGUUGUGGGGAGUUAUAAUGACAGGAACCCACGUGAAAGCAACGCAAAGUCUGUUCUUCUCGACUUCUCUAGCUUCCAAUGUUUUCACCUGAUUUCGGUUUUUUUCCCAAACAACACUCUCAUCAAUCACUCUUCUCUCCUUCGAAAUGCUUGCAGAAAGUUGACUCUGGAGUAUUCUAAGAAAGCCUCGAAAACGUACGCCUGCAGGCUGCAGCACAGAGAGCCAACAUUUUGCACAGUUGACUGA